CUAGCCCCACUCUCUCCUUCAUUUUCUUCUAUAUAUAUAUAUACCAGUUCCACCAAAUUAAGAAUCUCUAUCUUUUCUUCCUUUUUUGUCCCUUAGUUUAAAAUUUAGAGAUGAAUUUCUCUAUCUUCUUCUUCCUCAUAAUCUCAUUCAUUGUCUUCUCCUCCACCACUGCUUGUGAUAGAUGUGUCCAUAAAUCAAAGGUGUCUUAUUUCCCUUCUUCCUCAUCACUUUCAGCUGGAGCAUGUGGAUAUGGUUCCAUGGCCAUGAGCUUCAAUGGAGGAUAUGUGGCUGCUAGCAACCCUUCCCUCUAUAGACAUGGUGUUGGAUGUGGAGCAUGUUUUCAGAUUAGGUGCAAGAACAAGAUGUGCAGCACUAGUGGUGUUAAAGUCAUCCUGACAGACAUGAGCAAAAGCAACACCACAUCAUUUGUGCUAGCUAAACCUGCAUUUGAAGCUCUGGCGAAACCUGGGAUGGCAUCAGAGAUGAAAAAUUUUAGCAUUUUGGAUGUGGCAUAUAAAAGAAUACCUUGUGCGUACAAGAGAAACUUAUCAGUUAUAGUAGAAGAGAGCAGUGAAAAACCAAGCAAUCUGGUCAUCAAGUUCCUCUUCCAAGGUGGUCAAACUGACAUUGUUGCUGUUGAUGUAGCUCAGGUUGGAUCUUCUGACUGGCGAUACAUGACUCAAAGUUACAACGGCCCGGUCUGGAACACUAACCGAGCACCGGCCGGACCACUGCAAAUGCGAAUGGUUGUGACCGGCGGGUACGACGGCAAAUGGAUUUGGGCUGAUAAACAGGUCAUACCUAUUGAAUGGAAGAUAGGUUCGGUAUAUGAUUUGGGUGUACAAAUCAGUGAUAUAGCUCAAGAGGGAUGUUCACCUUGUGAUACAGAUGAGUGGAAAUAAUUAAUUAAUGAUAAUGUCUAACCAUAAUUAUAUAUAAAUAUAUAUAUAUUGAUUUAAAAAAUUGGGUUAUAUAUACUUUAUAUAUAAUGUGAUAUGGAAGUGCCACCUACUGGUUUUUGAUUGCA